GAAGAUUGUUCUGAAGGACUGCUAGAAUGGCGUCCCUCUCUAUUUUCAGUUUUUUCCUUUUGAUGUAUUUUUUGGACAAAGCUGACGGAGAUCCGUGUUCUAUGUACAGUGUAUUGUCGGGAGAGAUUCGCCGAUCUACAGCCUAUACCUUGACGCCUUCCGACACUGCCAUCUGUGACAACUUCCUGACAGAGCAAUGGUAUCGGAUAGACAGUCCAGCCGGGAACGAGAUUGUCCGCUCCUGCCCUUCUAUGACGCAGUGUGGAACAAUGUAUCCGAUGUGGAUGAAUGGCAACCUUCCGUUGAUAUCUGACGGUGAAGUGGACAGGACAGUGUGUCAAAGUGGAAUAAGCGGAUGUUGCGAAUCUUCGCUGACUAUCAAAGUCAAGAAUUGUGGGACAUACUAUGUGUAUUUUCUGAAAAAGCCUUCUGGAUGUCCAAUUUCAUAUUGUUUCGGUACACUGUAUGUAAAUGCAACAACGACAACAACGACAACAACCACGACCACAACCGCUCCUCCGACAACAGGAGGUCCGUCUACGACAACUGAAUGUGACAAAGAUGACAGAGACGACGACGAGAGAAAUGAAAAAAAACACAAGCAUGGUAGACGCUACAAGAAACAUGCGAUGAUGGCAUCCGCUGGUCUUGCUUUCGUGGUAUUUCUUAUACUGCUAUCAAUGUGCAUCUACAAACUUUACAAACGGAAGAAUCCAAAGGCAAACGAUAAGGUGGAACCAAUCGACUUUAUUGAACCUGUUACUGGUUCUGAAAAGACCCCACUUCCUGAACAAUGGGUAGUUGUUGUACCGUCCGCCCCUCCUAUUCAGCUGCAAAACUCCUUCAUCAAGAAGACCGCGAAGGAGGAUGAUUCUCAGCCAUGAUUUGACAGAGAGGAACACAAACUGUUGAAUUUUUUUUAAAACUGAAUGUUAUCAAUAAACAUUGUCAUUUGCUGUUCUGCUUUGGGUAAAAAUAAUUUUUGAAAGCUGGAAUAUUAUUUUACAAUAAAAAAUUAAUUAUAUUUUU